AUCAGCUGACGCGACGUCAAUGAGAAGUUCUCAUUGAGAACGUCAAGUUGCGUCAAAUGCGUGUAUGUACACGAGGAUUCACAGGAUAUAUCGUUGAAUUUUUAUAGAAAAAGCGAUACAGCACUCUUGACAGUUUUACAAAAGAGACAGAUACAUGUAAACAAAGAAAAAGCAGAAGGAUUCGCAAGAUCAUAGAGUGACGGGUGUAAACAUUGUUCCGUCGGAUCGGAGAUCGCGUCGAGGAAAAUGCACCACGUGGAGAUCGAGGACUUCUAUCACCACGAUUUUACCACCGUCUCGGAAUGGGAGGUGUUCAUCGCGCGACUCGAGGAGAUCAUGCACGAAUGGAAGCUGUCACACACGAAGGUCGCGAGCCCCCUGAAAUCCGGAGAUUUCGUCAACUGCGAAUGGCACGAGGCCUCGGAGAAGCUGAAUUUCGCAGAUGUAGAAUUUUUACUGAAGCACUAUAAGCUGAAAAAGGAAGGUGAAGAAGAGGACCCGACGAGUCUUCAGGAAGAACGUGAGGAGGAACGCGAAGAGGAAUGGCUGCAGUGCCAGAAGGACGCGUUGGAUAUAUCCAAUGAUUUCGUGAGGCUCGAUGACAACUGCAUGGAAAUAGCCUGUUAUUACGGUGUUCGGGAAUUCCUUGUCUUAAUACCGGCUCGAAAAAUGAGUUUAAUGGACGAAACUCGAAUUAAGAUUCUUCUCAGCUCGCUGACAAUCGCGACUAACAACGCGAACUGCUAUAUUCCCGCGUUGGUGCAAGUGCAGGAGCCUUGGCAGAAAAUGUAUCUCGGCGGUUGCGCCGGUAAAGGAGCCUGCGUUCAUUUUGACAUGGUGCAUCUGAAGAAGGUCCCGUCGCAUUGCAAAUAUCUUACUGGUUUACUCGCUCUGUUCAAGCAAAAGCUCGGAGAGGGCUGUGGGAUAAGGCUGGAUUCCAUUAUGGUGUCCGUCAGAUUCUCUUAUCUGCUGAAGGACUGGACCAACAGCACGUGGACGCAGGAGCCGCCGGAUUUUGAUUUCAUGCAGGGGGAAACGCUAGGCGUGGCCGAACUGGGCAAGCUUCCCUUCGGAGCUACCUUCGAUCCUGUCGGGGAACUUAAUUUAUUCACCACGUGGCCGGAAAUGCCGGACAACGUGGUGGUCGACAGCGAGGGAUACUCGGACCUCGAACCGCAACUCGCUCCCGAAUGGUCGGUGCAAGUGAAAAUGGUGGCUCUGCCGGCCUGCCUGCUCGGCGAGUACAUGACGGACUUUCUGCACUUGUGCAACAAUCAGAAGACCAUGGUGGAGCUGUUGGGCGAGAACGCGUCCUACAUCCACGACGACGAUCAGACGCAUCUGAGCGCGGCCUUCAACGUGCUCACCGAGUCCAGAAUACCUACGAUCUCGACGGUCGUGGGUAGGGCCAGCGCGAAAAAGAAUAAGAGCGUCGAUGGUCCAAUCUCGGAGGACAUGUUGCUAGCUAUACUCUACUUUCUCUUUCCGGACGCGGACGAUACUUCGAAAUUUCCUUACGACAUCACUGCAUCCAACGUGGAGGACGAUCAGUGGAAGGGCGUGAAGACUUGUGCGACGGACAGCUUGGUGUGGCGUUUGUCGGUCGUCGCGGCGCAUUGCACGCACAAUCUCGGCGGCGUUAUGGCUCUGGCUCAGCUCUGGCACGAGUUCGUGCAGGAGAUCAGGUUCCGUUGGGAGAAGACUAUCUUCGUACCAGGAGUCGGACCUGGUUUUCCGGACUCCGUUCGCACGUGCUUGCUGCAUCAAAAGUUACAGAUGAUGAACUGCUGCAUAGCGAGGAAGAAAGCGCGGGAGGAGAACGCGCACAGAUCUCAGAGCAUGGAGGUCGACGAUGUGGAGGAGACAGUGAAACUUGAAAACUCUCUCGGCUUGGCUUCUGCAGAAUCCGAAGAGGAGGAAUUUUUUGAGUGUUCGAGCGAGGAGCUGGCGAACGAGGAGGCUCCGUCAACGAGGAUGCAGUUGAAGGCAAAGCACCUGCUGUGGAACAAACCAGCGGGUAGAUUGGCCAAACAUCCUUCACUCAGGCUGAUUCAAACCGGAGACCCUCUUUAUCUACCAAUCACGCAGGAUCCCGUGCCAAAGACGGAGGAUCAGCUGGAGGAGGACGCGCAGGUGAUGAUGCAGCUCGGUACCGACAAAUUCGCUUCUGAAAUGCGAGCUCGAAUGAUGAGCGCGUCCUUACUGUCCGACAUGGAGUCCUUUAAGGCGGCAAAUCCUGGUGCGGUGUUGGAGGACUUCAUCCGAUGGUACUCCCCAAGGGAUUGGAUUGAUGACGAAGGCGUCGACGAGUGGGGGCAGGGAAAGGGCCAUUUGUCGCCGCGGAUGAUGAUCCCUGAUAAUCCGUGGUCGACAACGUGGAUAUCAGCACAACCCGUUCCUGCGCACCGGCAAAAAAGAUUAUUUGACGACACACGAGAGGCGGAGAAGGCUCUACAUUACCUGUGCUCAAGGCGGAUAGGCCAGGUUGCGCAGCUCCUGUUGCCAACUUUGACACAUGCCGCGCUUUAUACCCUGAGCUCACAGAAACAGGAGGCUCUGCCCAGUUUAUCUGAUGUCGCGCAGAGCAUUCUCAAUAAAUUGCAGUUUGCAACGAAGCCAAUUCAUCAGAAGCUGCAGUUAUAUGAGGAAAUUACACGGGACGUCGAGAGCGUGGAGGCACUGGUCGCGCAAGUAAAUUCACUGCAGCACAAAUUAGGCGGUAACACCGAUUCCAAAGAAUUCACGUCCUUUCUGAUUCAGUUGAUGCGAGGGAAGGAAGUGAGCGUACCUGGUGGCUCCAGGGGAAACAUUGGAGCUCGCAUAACAACGAUGUUCCGUGACGCUCAGAAAGCUGCUCAUAUGAUGACGUCUGUUACAAACAGCGAUGCGAUUGACGCCGCGGGUGAUAGCCGCUACAAAACGUUCCCCGAACCGUCAUGUAAGGAAUUCAUUCUGCGGGCGAUAAUGCCACGACCUUCGCCAGCCUCCACGCCACAGCCGCAGCGAUUAUAUGCCUGCCUCAAACGAGACCACAUUCGCUUAGCCGGACUUUUCUCCGAGGAUACGACAUUCCUGUAAUUCUAACUGGAGUCCGUUGUUUGCGGAUGUGACAGACCUUGUGUAAUCCUCCGUGAAUACGUAAACUUGCGUGCACCGUCACGUUUAUCAAUCGUUGGUGAUUGCGAACCACGCGUCAUACAUCAAAUUUGCUUCAUUCUUUUUGUUGAACGAUCCCGUCCGCAAUCUGUUUUUCUGAUACAUCAGAGAUAAUUUUCGAUCUCGCGUGCGUUUUAUAGACGGGAACAAUGCAAGGAAUAAUUACGUGGGCAAUUCUGACAUGCGAUAUUUUUCGGUAAUGUCGACGAUUCAUCAAACCGUUCGUUUCACUGCAUAUCGUGAAUGAAUUUACGCUUCAAAAAAUAAAUGUAAUCGGUUUUUACGGUUUUAA